ACCCAUUUCUUCAGGGCCGCUGCCUGGCCUUGCAGGUAAUGUUAUCAUAGCUCCAGCUGGACUUUUGAGUGAGUCAGCCCGGUCAGAGAAGAAGGACUUGUUUUUCUCUUUACUUGUUUUUCUUACAUUUCCUGGUUCAUCAGCAAGAAACAACAAGCUAUUUACCUUCACAAUAGAGAAGUCCAGCAGAACCAAGAUGGAAGCAGAGUGGGUGAAUCUAAAUCUAUGGACACAUUCAUCUUGGAAACCCUAAGAGAGGCGAAAGCUAUGUGAGACACUUGUAUCUGCUUUGCCUCCUGCCAUGAAUGAAAGCUCCCUGCAGCCUCCCCAGAAGCACAUACGCCCAUGCUUCCUGUAGAGCCUGCAGAACUGGAGAAAACAAAUUGGAAGGAGAUUUAAAGGAUUCUCAAAUACAAACUGAAGUUAUCAAGAACAAGAUAAUGAAGGACAGUAACAAUCAGAUCCUCGAGGAGGCAAUGAUGGUUGCAAAAUAAGCGCAUGGAAGGUCCCCGAACAGCCACAUAAUGACUUUAAUUAGGAGAAAAUAAAAUUUUCUGGAAUUUAUGUGCUCUCGUGAGCCCAGGUGCCCUAAGUGCCACCUGCCCAGUAGGGUGCUAUAGACUCUGGGAAAGACACAGAGCAGGGAGCGCUGCGACUCCGGCACCCGAACAGACGUCUGCAGCAUGUCAGCUAAAGCGUAGCCGACACAGCCUCCAGCCAGGGACCGGCUGUGAGGGGAAGGCCGAGAGGUGGCGCUGCUGCAGGAGUCUGGAAUGUAAGCGCGCGCAUGGCGACAAAGGCAAAGGCCGCCAAGGGAACGAGCACGCCCCGUCGCGCAGACACGCCGUCGCGCCGGAAUCUGGGCGGCCGCAGCCGCCGCCGCGGCCGCCCUUUUCCCCAUCCCCGGCUCAAGGAUCAUAACGGAAUUCUUUUCCAGAUACCGCCUUCAAAAUGGCGGCUCCGCCUCCCGACAACACUUUCAAUACUCCCCAGCAGCAGGCGCCUACUAUCCGCCAUCUUGCCCCCGGUCCCUCCUCCCCUUCGCGGACAUUUACAUAGCGAAAAUAGGCCCAGCAGGCCUCCGGCCUUCACCUCACGCCUGCAGCCUUCGCCUCCUCGCCAGGCCUCGCCCCCGUGCCGCGCCCUGGGUCUGCAGUGGUUCGACCCCAGGUCCACCAACCGCCUUCCGAACAAACAGGCGACCUUUUCCCACCCCUGCCCGCUUACGGAGCGCACCUCCGCAUCCUCUCAGGGCGGCCGAAUUAUUCCCAGGCCUAACUGCGGCCUCCUCGGGGCCUGUUCGGCGCCGAGCGCCACGCCGGCCGGCCUAGCGCGGGAGGGCGCCCUACGGGACGCCGACCAGGCCACGAGCAAGUUACUGCGCGCGCACUAGGCCCCGCGGCCGCGGGGGCACGCGGGACUCACCCGACGGACUUGCGGGCCGCCGGCGACAGCGGCGGGUGCUGCAGGCCGGCCUUUCUCUGGAGCACUGGGCCGGGCUCCGGCUGGUAGGGCGGGCGGAGGGAGGGAGGAGGGGCCGAGCUCGGAGCUGACAAAAAGCGGCCCAGCUCCCCGGCACAGGCCCGCCGUCAGCACGUCACGUCACCGCCCGGGAGAGAGACCCAGGAAUAUGCGGGAUGGUAGUUGGGCCCCCUCCGCCCGGUGGGCCUCCCGGCGCCCCGGGUCGCCGCCGGUCACGCCCCGAGACUGGGGAGUCCAGUGACCUCACUGCGGUGGGGUCUCCGGCAGCCGGAGUUUCCGUCACAACGUUCUUUUCUUCCGCGCUCCCGCCCGCCGUCACCACUACUCGCGCGCCACCGCCUCAGUCGGUGGCGUACAGGCAAGCGGCCCCGCACCGGCCAGGCCACCCCCUGCCAUCUCCGGUGGACCUCGGAUUCCUAAUCUCCCACACCCUGCCCCAGGCCUCCCCGAGACCUAUUGCCUCUCCGCGCCAGUCCUAGCCAAGGCAACAGCUCUCAUUGUUUGCUUGUCCUUAGACCCCCCGCACGCAGUAAAUGUGUUUUCUUUAUUCCUAGGGUUGAGGAGGAAAGCAGAUGCAGAGAUACAGAUACAGACAGCAUCCCCCACUGGCUCCUACGUUCGAUUUAAAAAUUAAAAGAAAAAAGUAAAUGGACUUACCAGUGUGCAGGCAAGAGGAGGGGAGGGUUAUCCUAAAUCAAUUACUAAGCCAUUUGAGUUUUUUAUGUUAACGUAGGUAUUUUGACCAAGGUCUGUAAUGUUUAGUAUACGUUCUCUAUUGCAAUGUUUCAUCUUUUGGCAUCCUUGAAAGGUCAGUUUUGUGUAAUUUUCUCAUAAACAAUGAAUUAUGCACAUUCGUUAGUAAGUGUAAACUAACAAUUGGUUUGGGGAUUGUUUUCUUACAAAAUUAUCCUCUUAAAGUUUAAAAAACCUUUAAAAUGCAUUUGAUUAAACAGCUUGUACUGAUAAACUACAAAAA